AUGGAUAUAUUUGAUGCGAAAUUAUCUUUUACUGUCGAGAAAAAAAUCAUUCACGCAAGUGCGGUUAGUAUAAUUGUUGGAGAUGUCCCCCGAGUAUCUAGUUUGCUUAUCAUUCAUUUUUUAUAUGCACCAGCUUCUGCAUUUAAUCAUUUAUAUGCAAUAUCUAUUAUAUGUACUUUCUUGUCUGGAUUGGUAUUCAUCAUCGGAUUCUUUUAUAGAAUAUAUGAAUCACUGAUUAGAGAUUAUGAAAAACCAACUGCACAAGAAUUUACUGCACAAGAAUUUACUGCUCAAGAAUUAACUGCACAAGAAUUAAUUGCACAAGAAUUAACUGCACAAAAAUUAACUGCACAAGAAUUAACUGCACAAGAAUUAACUGCACAAGAAUUAAUUGUAAGCAAAAAAAGCAAAAAGCAAUUUUCAGAGGCAUAA